AUGGAAAUCAUUCCGGCAAUAGACUUACGAGGCGGCAAUUGCGUUCGUUUGUAUCAGGGCGAUUACGCGCAGGAGACCGUAUUUUCCGACAACCCCCUGGAGGUGGCUGAGCGAUGGCAAUCGGAAGGUGGACAGCGCCUCCACAUCGUGGAUCUUGACGGAGCCUACAGCGGCAACCCGGCUAAUCUCGCCGCAAUCUCGGGCAUCACGCGCACGCUCACUAUUCCGGUGCAGGUUGGCGGCGGCAUCCGCAGCAUAGAUACAGCUUCCGGUUUGUUCGAUGCGGGAGCGGCUCGCGUCGUUGUCGGGACUGCUGCCGUGUCCAACCCUGACCUGGUUGAGGAAUUAUGCCGUCGGUUCGGCAGUCACCGAGUGGUGGUCGCCCUCGACGCCAGGGAUGGUUUGGUCGCCAUCCGCGGUUGGACCGAAACGUCGGAAAUUACCGCCAUCGAAUUGUCCGCGCGCAUGGCGGAGCUGGGUGUCGUGCGUGUGCUUUAUACCGACAUUUCGCGCGAUGGAACCCUGGAAGAACCCAAUUACUCAGCAACCGCGGCCCUCGCCCAAACCAGCGGACUCAGCGUUCUGUCAGCCGGUGGUGUUGGCGCUCCGGACCAUGUGUCGAAAUUGGUGCCCACCGGGGCCGAGGCCGCGAUCAUAGGUAGGGCCCUAUACACCGGAGACAUCACCAUUUCAGAGGCGAUAAUCGCAGCUAACGGUUGA